AUGGCAGACCCAAAUACAAACAACCCAGCAUUAGAACCCGAUUCAGACAACCCGGAUCAAGCGGGUUUGGAGCUAGCCCAAUUCGGAGCCGGGUGUUUCUGGGGUGUUGAGUUAGCCUUUCAGAGAAUUGAAGGUGUGGUUAAAACUGAAGUUGGGUAUUCUCAAGGUCAUCUUCCUGACCCCAAUUACAAGCUUGUUUGCUCCGGAACUACUAACCAUGUUGAAGUUGUUCGGGUUCAUUUUGACCCGAAUGUGUGCCCUUAUACUAAUCUUCUUGACCUUUUUUGGUCUCGACAUGAUCCUACCACUCUUAAUCGUCAG